GCAGAGAAUCUCAGAGAGCUAGGGUUUUGGUGUUGAUUCCGGAGUUUCAAUUCUACGUUUGAGCAUUACGGAGAAAAUCGAACUUCACGGAGUCGAGUUUCUUUAUCAGAUCGGUCUCACUUGGCCAUGUACAGUGGAUCUAGUGAUGGCGAGAGCCAUGAGGCUGCCUCACAGAGGAAGAUCCCACCGGCUUCGUCAAUGCUUUGGGUCAGAAAUCUCCGCCGGUACAUUGGGUCCGGCGCUGGCCUCGGAUCGGAAGCUCUGAUGGAGCUUGAGACAAAGAGAAUCUGGCUGGAUAUUUUUAAAGAGAAGCAAUAGAAAAGUGCUGAAGCUGGCACAAUACCAAGUUUCUACAAAAAGGCAUGUUUUAACAUUUUUUUGCAUGGGUACUUUAAAAAGCUUAGAGCUUGAGACAAAGAGAAUCUUGCUGGAUAUUUUUAAAGAGAAGCAACAGAAAAGUGCUGAAGCUGGCACAAUACCAAGUUUCUACAAAAAGAAACCCGAAGAAGGAUCCAUCAGUCAAAGGGUUCAGAGGCUGGCAAAGUAUCGAUUUCUAAAGAAGCAAUCAGAUCUUCUGCUAAAUGCUGAUGAUCUGGAUGCAAUGUGGGUUUGUUUAAGAGAAAAUUGUGUGAUUGAUGAUACCACUGGCGCAGAAAAGAAGCAAUCAGAUCUUCUGCUAAAUGCUGAUGAUCUGGAUGCAAUGUGGGUUUGUUUAAGAGAAAAUUGUGUGAUUGAUGAUGCCACUGGUGCAGAAAAGAUGAACCAUGAAGAUUUUUGCCAUAUUGCAUCUGUAUGGACAGAGCAAAUAGGCCCUAAAUGUCGGCGCUUCUGCAGCCCUUCAUGAAGUUUGAGAAAGAUGAGUCUGGUAGGAUUGCCGUUUUGCCCUUUUAUUUAUAUGUUAUGCGGACUGUGAGUGAUUUAU